UAACUGAAGGCAGCGAAUCAAUGGACCCGCGAGUGAUCACUCGAUGUCGCUAGACCCAGAAAAGGAGAUAGAGCAGAGAGAGACAGUGCAGCAUUGAGAAGAAAGCAAUGGUGAAUGCUCUCAAUUUUAUCUAUCAUCAAACUUCACCGCCUCUGCUCCAAUGGUACUCCUCUUAUCCUCCUAUGAUUCCCAGGAAAGCACCUGGAAAGAUUGUCUCAAAAUGCUCAGUCUCAAAAUGCUCGCUUGAGAAUCCUAUCCCAAGUACGGUUGUUGUUAGACGUGUGCUAUCUGGGCUUGUUGCCUCGUUAUUUUUUCUCAACCAAACAAAUCAGGUUGUUGCAUCAGAUUUGUCUCAUUUCCACAAUAUUUGCCAGCUUGCAAGUGCUGCAGACAAUAAAGUUACCCUUCCACUUGAUGAGAGUUCUGGUGAAAGAAGUGGGAAGCUGAUGAUGAUGAGAGGUAUGUCGGCUAAGGAUUUUGACCCAGUCAGGUAUUCAGGAAGGUGGUUUGAAGUUGCUUCUCUCAAACGUGGAUUUGCUGGACAAGGUCAAGAAGACUGCCAUUGUACCCAGGGCGUGUAUACAUUUGAUAUGCAGGCACCAGCUAUUCAGGUUGAUACUUUUUGUGUUCAUGGAGGCCCUGAUGGAUACAUUACUGGCAUAAGGGGAAAGGUCCAAUGUUUGGCAGAGGACGACUUGGAGAAGAAUGAAACUGAGCUAGAAAAGCAAGAGAUGAUUAAAGAGAAGUGUUACCUUCGGUUUCCAACAUUGCCAUUUAUCCCCAAGGAGCCUUAUGAUGUGAUUGCUACCGACUAUGACAACUUCGCUCUUGUCUCUGGAGCGAAGGACAAGAGUUUUAUUCAGAUAUAUUCAAGGAGACCUGAUCCUGGACCUGAAUUCAUAGAGAAAUACAAAUCAUACUUGGCAAACUUCGGAUAUGAUCCUAGCAAAAUCAAGGAUACCCCACAAGAUUGUGAAGUUAUGUCCAACAGCCAGUUAGCUGCCAUGAUGUCUAUGUCCGGGAUGCAACAGGCCUUAACAAAUCAAUUCCCUGACCUAGAACUAAAGGCACCUAUUGCAUUUAACCCCUUUACAAGUGUGUUUGACACUUUGAAGAAGCUUCUUGAACUCUAUUUCAAAUAGAAAAAAUAAACUUCUGUGCUGUUUAUUAUACAGUAAAAAUGUAAUGAAUUAAACUAUUAUAUGUAAUAGUAAAUUUUAACAAUAUGAUUAAUUUGUUUACAC